UUUUUAUUUUUUUCCCAGUUGUCAUCCUCGCCGGAUUCCAGCGGGCUGUCGGGGAUUUAAGCCCCUCGCCCCCCGGCUUUGCUUUUGUCCUUUCCCCGCCAGCCAGCGCAGCAGCCCCCCAUCCCAGGCACUGAGGCCGCAGCAGAGCCCCCCCGGCCGCGGGCCGCCCGGCUCCUGCUCUUUUCUUUCCCAGCCCGUCCCCGCCUGCCAAGGAAAGGCACAUGUUAAUACCACCCGGCGCGGGCAUUUUCUGCUACUGCUGCUGCGGGCUCCUCCGUCCGAGACAGAUGUUGCGAAACCAAGGCCUCCUCAAGUGCCGCUGCCGCAUGCUCUUCAAUGACCUGAAGGUCUUCCUGCUGCGGAGACCCCCCGCCCCGCCGCCGCCCUCCCCGCCGCCGCCGCUCCCCAUGCCCGGCGGAGCUGAGGCGGCGGCAGGCGGCCCGGGGGGGGCCGCACCGCCCGGGGGGCGCGGGCCCGGCUGGCGGGCGGCAGCGGGCGGCGGCGGAGUGGGCAGCCCGGGCGCCGAGGAGUGGGGCAGCCCUGCUGGGGAGCCGCCCGCCUCUCUGCCCAGCAGCACCUCCUCGGAUGACUUCGGCAAGGGCAAGGCGGAGGACCGUUACUCGCUGGGCAGCAGCGUCGACAGCGGCAUCCGCACCCCGCUCUGCAGGAUCUGCUUCCAGGGGCCCGAGCAGGGGGAGCUGCUGAGCCCGUGUCGAUGCGAUGGAUCGGUGAAGUGCACGCACCAGCCAUGCCUGAUCAAAUGGAUUAGCGAGAGAGGCUGCUGGAGCUGUGAGCUGUGUUACUACAAGUAUCACGUCAUUGCCAUAAGCACAAAGAACCCUCUGCAGGUAAAGUGGCAGGCCAUCUCUCUGACAGUCAUUGAGAAGGUUCAGAUAGCAGCAGCAAUCCUGGGUUCCCUCUUCCUCAUCGCCAGUAUCUCGUGGCUCAUCUGGUCGACCUUCAGUCCUUCAGCCAAAUGGCAGCGCCAGGACCUGCUCUUCCAGAUCUGCUAUGGAAUGUACGGCUUCAUGGACAUUGUCUGUAUAGGUCUAAUAAUACAUGAAGGGCCUUCGGUUUACCGGAUUUUUAAACGGUGGCAGGCGGUCAAUCAGCAGUGGAAAGUGCUGAAUUAUGACAAAACAAAGGACAUGGAGGAACAAAAAACAGGGACCAGGACAAAUCAGCGCCCAUCCUCCCAAACCACACACUCGUCCUCCACUGGUGGUACAGCCACUAACUCCGCUCCAGCCGACAGCGGGGCACGGGCUGCCGGCCAUGCCACAGGCACCCUCUCUGACCACCACUGUGCUUAUACCAUCCUGCAUAUACUCAGCCACCUGAGGCCUCACGAACAGAGGAGUCAGUCUAGUAGUAACAGAGAGCUCGUCAUGAGGGUCACGACGGUCUGAGCCGAGGAAUUCAGGAGGCCUUAACACAAAGAAGAGGAGACAAAGAACUCAUAAAGCAAAGGAGCAUGGUGUGCCUUUUUCUUUCUCUUUCCUUUUCAUUUUUUUUUGGGUUUUUUUGGUUGUUUUUCCUUUCCUUCUCUCCUUUUCUUUUUUUGGUAACUGCACAAGAUAUAAGAGGCGGCACCUGGCCAGCUGAGGAAAAAAAAAAAGCAGGUGGAGGGAGAGCUGCACACUCAUGCUAAAGAGGUUAAUGUUUUCC